AAUGAGGGUAUUCUCUGUGCUCAGCUGCACUGUGUUGCUUACCACCUUAGCCACAGCUGCUGUCAUUGAGGAUUUUGAAGGCGUUAAUUAUGAAGAAAGUCCUGAUGGAUUUGUUGCAGUUGAAGAGAAACCUAGUGUUGCCAAGGAGAGGCCUGUAUAUUCAAGACCUCUACCAGCUGGACCGACUUAUUUUGUUGAACCCUUCGAUACCAGGGCUGAGUUUUUGAGGAGGUGGGUUUAUUCCCAAGCAAAGAAGGAUGGUGCGGAUGCUGAUGUAGCUAAAUAUGAUGGCAGGUGGUCUGUAGAUGAACCAAUAGACAACCCGAUAGACAGAGACUUGGGUCUCAUCAUGAAAUCCAAGGCCAAGCAUCAUGCAAUCUCUGCAAAGCUGGAUAAAGUCUUUGAGUUUGAUGGGAAGACACUCAUAGUACA